CACACACACACACACACACACACACACACACAGAAAAUCUGUCAAUUUCUGCCGCGUGGUCACGUGACCUCCUCCUUCGUGGAGUGGAUGGAGAUGGCUCUCCACGUCAGCCUACGUCUCCAAAUUUCUGUUUAGCGAACCUGCUUCAAAGAGGCAAGAGGCACGGCGCUUCAGAGCCAUGUUCAGGGCGGUUAUAGAGGAAUCAAACCCCAACAUAGAGUUAUAGUAGAGGGAGAACUACGAUGAUGGAUUUUGACGAGAGGGUCCCCGUCGGAUCGAACAUGUAUUUGCCCAGUUGCACUUAUUACGUAUCGGCGGGGGCUGAUUUCUCCGGUCUUCCCUCGUUUUUAUCCCAGACCCCGUCCACCCGCCCCAUGACAUACUCCUACUCCUCUAACCUGCCGCAGGUCCAGCCCGUCAGAGAGGUGACGUUCAGGGACUAUGCAGCCAUUGACGCGUCCGGUAAAUGGCCGCACCGGGGGAACUUGCCUCAGUGCUACCCCAGCGCGGAGGACAUGGUGCACCGGGACUGUCUGUCGGCGCAAACCGCCGUCGUGGGGGACAUGUUCGGUAAAAACAGCCCCGCUGCCGCCGCCGCCGCCGCGUACCACCACCACCACCACCAUCAUACGAGCGCCGGGUCCGCUGCCUCCAAUUUCUACGGGAACGUGGGCAGAAAUGGCGUGCUGCCACAAGCCUUCGAUCAGUUUUACGAGACGGCGUACGGGAACGCUUCGGAGAGCUCCUCCACGAAUGGCUACUCAGGGGACAAAACGGCGACCAAGCAACACAGCUCUGCGCCGGAGGACGCGCCAUCGUGCCGGGACACCGAAGCGAAGGAGCCCCGGGAAGAGACGAGCAGCCCGGAGUUAUCUUCCGGCAACAAUGAGGAGAAAUCCGGCAGCAGCAGUGGACAGAGGACCCGCAAGAAAAGGUGUCCUUAUUCCAAAUAUCAGAUCAGAGAACUUGAAAGAGAAUUCUUUUUCAGUGUGUACAUUAACAAGGAGAAGCGCCUGCAAUUGUCUCGGAUGCUCAACCUCACCGACCGGCAAGUGAAGAUCUGGUUUCAGAAUCGUCGCAUGAAGGAGAAGAAAUUGAACAGAGAUAGAUUACAGUAUUACACGUCUAACCCUCUGCUUUAGGUGGGGGGUCAAAAGAGCUCAUGCAGUCCUCUGCUGUGGGACUCACUGCGUUUACAGACUGACUCUCCCCCGGCUGUGACUCUCUCCCACCAGUGUACACUGUGUACCACAAUGGCCGCGAAAGUAGCAGCGGCAGCAACACUGCUCAAUGGUUAAUUUCAAGUUCGAGGACAACAACAGUAUCCUGUGAUCUGAAAAACCUAAAGAGUGAGCAUGAAUGCAGACAGUCUGUGGACUUUGAUUUCGCUCUCCAGACUCUGUUUUUUGGGGGAGCAAAUGUAGAAACGGAUUUUUUUGGUCCUCGCCAAGAAGACUGUGUGCGUGCGUGCGAAGGCCCAUGUUAAUGUUAUUGUGACUCACAGGCGCCUUGUUCAUUUUCUUUUUAUGCGGGGAAAAAAAUACAAAACAAAACAAAAAAAAUUUUAACAGUCACUAAUUGACUGUCCCAGUGUAUUUUGUAAUCAAAAGAUUUAUUUUACCUUUUUUCUGUUUUAAAAUCAGAAAAGUGGUGGAUUUAGGAUGAUGGCGAACAUGUGACUUUAAUAACUGAUUCUAUAUUGGUGUGACCAAAUAAUGAGUCCGAUCGGAUGAGAAUGUAAGGUGUUUCUGUUUUGUCUGCUUAUUUAUUUUGUAGCCACUCGUUUACCUAUCUCCUUUAAUGCCACGGCUACACCAAGUCCAUUAUUACAGACAGGCUUAUUGGGAUUCGCGUUGACCUCGAAAGAAGCUUUUUUUGGUCGUCUUUCCUGUAACCUGCAGGAUGAGGGCUGAGUAUUUAUAUUUUGACUAUCAUUCAAUACCCCAAAAUCCAUGCUCUCCCCUUUUUGAUUUUUGAUUUUUUUGGAGACUAUCAGUGGAAUAUUGAUAAUGCAGGCCAAACCAGAGAGAUAAGCUUGUCCACUGGAUCCGUGUGGAGUUGCACUGAGGUACACGCCCAACAUAUUCACACAGGUAUAGAUAUAUAUAUAUAUAUAUAUAUAUAUGCAGCGGGCCUCUUCGGUCUAAUAUCAAUGCGCAUAACAAUAUUUUUCUCAUGACUUGUGAUCCUUUGGUACUUGCGGUCUAAAGAAGAUUUAAAAACAAAAGCUACAUUUUCAAGUGUGCUGUCAGGGCAAGGCUGGUCAGGGUCAUCGCAUUGAAUCAACUGCUUGGUAUGCCCAAACUAUUGUGUAUUAUACUAUAUUUCCAAAUAAUAAAAACAAAUGAAAAGAUUAUUG